AUGACGAGGAGGGAAAGUGAAGAUACGGGCUCACUUCCUCCAGAGCUGAUGGGAGAAAUUCUGAUCCGGCUUCCAGCGAAAUCAAUCGGGAGAUUCAGGUGCGUGUCAAAGCUGUUUCGGUCUCUGUCAUCGGAUCAACGGUUCGCAAAGGGCCACAUAGAUCAUCUUCUAAUGACCAUCCGAAACGAUUCGUCGCGGAAACUACUCGUGUCUUCUUCACGUAACCUCUACGCAUUGGACUUGGUAUCAUGCGAAGAAGGAGACUCUGAUUUUUUGGGAGCUGUUGAGCACGAUUAUCCUCCUCCAAACUUGAAGAAUCAUAGAAACGGCUUUGUUGGGAUCAUCGGAGGAUCAUGCAACGGUUUAGUGUGUAUCUCUCAAGGUAGAGGCGCUAUGUUGUUGUAUAAUCCAACCACCCGAGAAUUCAAGAGAUUAUUAUCAUCUCCUCAUAGUCAUAGAUAUGAUGAUGAACAAGAGGUCCAAGCUUGGGGAUUUGGGUUUGAUGAUGUGAGCUAUGAUUACAAAGUAGUGAAGCUUGUUGGCGGCCAUGUUGUCAACGCUAGCGUCUACUCCUUGAAGGCAAACUCGUGGAGACGGCUCCCUGAUUUGAGUUUGAGUUAUCAAAUCUGGAAUGGGUACGACUUCUCCAACUCCGGUGUGAAUCUCAACGGUGCGUGCCACUGGGUGUUUAGGCUUCCUGAAGGUCGUUAUCACCGUAAAGUCUUGGUAUGCUUUGAUAUUAAAACCCAAGAGUUCCGAGAGAUGCCAUUGCCUGAUGAUCCUCAUCACUUUUCUCUUAGUGUUUGCCUACACUUGGUGGUUGGGAAUCUCAACGGCCGUCUCUGUCUCUCUGUGAUGUAUCAUACCCGCUCUUUGCACAAUGAUCUUUGGGUGAUGAAUGAGUACGGUGUAGCGAGUUCCUGGAGCAUCAUCCGGAUCGGCUACAUGAUCUACCAGUCAAUAAAACCGUUGUGUUUCAGCGAGGAGGAGGUUCUUCUGAAACUUGAUGGAACUGGACGACACAUGGUCUUGUACAAUUCUGAGACCAAUGUAGUGAGGGGUUUGUGGAUUCGAGGGGCAGAAGAACUCAGUCACGACUUCAAAGUUUGUACGUACGUAGAGAGCCUCAUAUCACCAAACUUGUUGUAUGGUGUUUAG